AUGAUCAUCAUUCUGGCAAUUCUCUUCGUUUUCAUUCUCGUUUUUCUAGGAUAUUUCAAAUGGAAGCAUACUUAUUGGAAGCGAAGAGGUAUUAAUGGUCCCCCAACAUCAUGGUUCUUGGGGAAUUACUACGAAGUCAGCGAUAUGUAUAACAUGCGUUAUCAGGUGCUCAAUGAUUGGUCAAAGAAAUACGGAAAAACUUUUGGAUAUUAUGAAGGUGUGAGGAAUGUGCUUGUAACCAGCGAUUUGAGCAUGCUCAAUGAAUUGUUUAUCAAAAAAUUUUCAGAUUUUCAUGCAAGAAAGGUGACCAAUGUGAUUCAUGCCGAUUUGGAAAAUCCGAAAGAGGAGCCUCUCGUCAAUAUAUUUCUUUCGCGCGGAAGCCGGUGGAAGCGAAUGCGAGCACUCGGAUCUCCCGCGUUUUCUGUUAAAGCAUUGAAGCAGGUGCAUGGUAUCAUUGAAGACAGCAUUCUGAAUAUGAUCGACCUAAUGUCAAAAUAUGCCGAUGAGAGAUCGUUCAACAUUCACAAAUUCUAUCAGGAAUUGACUUUUGACGUCAUCUCAAGGGUCGCAAUGGGUCAGACGCAUAGCGAAUUAUUCAACAAUCCCAGAACCAUGUUAACCAAGAAGAGGGAAAAUGAGAAAAAUGGAAUCGAGAACGUGCCAGAGGACUUCAUUGACAUAUUCUUGGAUCAUCACGUCGAUGAGUUAAAUGAUGCCGCAUUCGGAACCUCAUUUGAGAAGAAGGCGACAACCGAAGAAGUGAUCAGCAACUGCUUCGUAUUCCUAUUGGCCGGCUUCGAUACAACCGCCAACACGUUGGCCUACGCGUCGCACGCAAUCGUGAAGCAUCCCGACGUUGGCAAGAAAAUUCAGCAGGAAGUUGACAGCGUCUGCAGUGAUGGGAAUAUCUCUUAUGAUGAUUUGAACAAGAUGAGCUAUUUGGAGGCAGUGGUUAAGGAAACGUUGAGAUUAUACCCGAUUGCUUAUUUCGCUUGUUCGAGAGAAGCUGUGAAUGACACGAGCCUUGGAAAUAUCAAAAUUGACAAGGGCACUUUCGUCGAGGCGGAUGUGUUGGCGAUUCACACAAAUCCGGAGAUUUGGGGCAAUAAUGCCGACCAAUUUUAUCCGGAACGAUUUUUGGAGAAGACUGAAACUCCGAGACAUGUGAUGUCAUGGAUUCCAUUCGGCGCCGGUCCGCGACAGUGUUUGGGAAUGAGACUCGGAAUAAUUGAGGCGAAACUUGUGUUGGCGCAUGUUUUGAGAAAAUUCGACAUUGUGAAAGCGCCGGAUACCGAGGAGGAAUUGAAAUUGCAUGGCUGCUCAACAAUAUCACCAGAAAAAGUGACUGUGCAAUUAAAAUCGCGUUAA